CACGCACUCACACUCGCACCGUCAAAACAUCGUGAGUCGUGACAACCCGGCCGCACACCAUGGACGCCGCCGACGGCAUCCUCGACGCGGCCGCCGCAGAGAGGCGCAUCCUCCUCCUCCGGCAGGCUGACCGCUCCUCCACCACCUCAUCAUCAUCAUCAGCUGCCGCCGCCGCGCCGUCCCAGGAGAACCCGCCCACGCUCCCUACGCCGUCCGCCCUGCGCGCCGCCGAGGCCGCCCUCGCCCCGCGUGCCGACCCGUCGUGGCACGUCGGCGGCUGGAGCGCCCGCCGCCUCGUCACCCACGUCCUCGACGACAUCGUCCCCGCGCUGACCGGCCAGGCCGCCUCCGCCCGCUACUACGGCUUCGUCACCGGCGGCGUGCUGCCCGCCGCCGAGUGGGCCGACAACGUCGUCUCGCGCUGCGACCAGAACGUCCAGGUCCACCUGCCCGGCCAGACUGUCGCCACCGCCGUCGAGGACGCCGCCCUGGGCAUGCUGGCCGGCUUGCUGCGCCUGGAGGAUACGCCGACGGCGACGACCACCACCACCUGGCGCGGGCGCACCUUUACCACCGGCGCCACGGGCAGCAACGUGCUGGGCCUGGCAUGCGGCCGCGAGGCCGUCCUGCAGAAGAGACUGGGCGAUGACAGCCUCGCAGCAGCAGGAGGAGUGGGCGAGGUGGGCCUCCUGGCGGCCUGCCUUCGCGCGGGCGUCUCCGAGGUGCAGGUCCUGACGAGCGCGGGCCACAGCUCGCUGUCCAAGGCGGCGAGCAUUGUCGGCAUCGGACGCGCCUCCGUCAAGGAGCUGCGCCGCGUCGACGGCGGAGCCCAGCCGUGGAGGCUCGACCUCGACGCCCUCGAGGCGGAGCUGCGCCGGCCCGGCGUGGCGAGCAUCAUCGCCGUGAGCGCGGGUGACGUCAACACGGGCGGGUUUGCGCUCGCCGGCGUGGGGGAGUGGAGGCGCGUGAGGGAGCUGGCGGACAAGUACGGCUCGUGGAUUCACGUCGAUGGCGCGUUUGGCAUUUUUGCGCGUGUCUUGGGAGAGGGCGACGAGUACGCCUGGCUCAAGAAGCAGCUCGAGGGCAUUGAGCUGGCCGACAGCAUCACCGUGGAUGGCCACAAGAUGCUCAACGUGCCGUACGACUGCGGCAUGUUCUACACGCGCUCCGCGUCGAUCCUGCAGUCCGUCUUCACUAAUCCUAACGCCGCCUACCUCUCCUCCGGCUCCGCCUCCAGCAUUCCCUCGCCGCUCAACAUCGGGCUCGAGAACUCGCGCCGCUUUCGGGCCCUGCCCGUGUACGCGGCUCUCCUCAGCGAGGGCUACCCGGGCUUCGAGCGCAUCGUCUCCAACAUGGUGCAGCUGUCACGCCGCGUGGCCGCCUACCUGCGAGACUCGCCGCACUAUGAACUGCUGCCAGACCAAGGUGCGCCGCUCGACCGCGUCUUCAUGAUUGUCUUGUUCCGGGCCAAGGACGCCGCCCUCAACGACGUUCUCGUCGAGAGGAUCAACGAAACGAGGCAGAUGUACGUGAGCGGGACGGCCUGGGCCGGGCAAAAGGCCGUGAGGAUUGCCGUGUCGAACUGGAAGGUGGAUAUAGAGCGGGACUUUAAGGUCGUAGCGGCCAUCCUCGACGCCGUAGCCGUGGGUGACGAGUUUGACCUAGAAAAGGUCGACGCACGAUGAGGCGUCUGCUCCGGAAGUGCAAGGCUUUCUCGCAAAGCCGAGGCACAAAAUUAAUCGUAAUAUCGCCCGGUCGCUUGUCCGUGGCCUCCUGCACCCUCCAUGGAUAUGUGUCGUCCCG